AUGCUUUCACAUCAACAUCUUCUUCAGGAAACACAUGCAAGAUCUAGAGAAAUCGAAUUGAUUCACCUUCAAGAUCCUCGUAAUGCAAACUUCCGAAGAAGAGACUAGCCCUGUGGCCCACAACCGUUCCCGUUGCUUCGAACAAGAAUACCAUUGCUUUCCACUCUCUCACAUCAACAAGACACAUCUUGAAGAUGGCAACAAGAUCCUUAUGCCCGCCUCAGCUCUUCACCGCCUCAUGUCAAUGAACAUAGAGUACCCUAUGGUUUUUGAAAUCAGAAACCCUUAUUCUGAUCGAGUUUCGCAUUGUGGGGUCUUAGAAUUCAGUGCGGAGGAGGGAUACGUUUUCCUUCCGGACUGGAUGAUGAAGAACCUCCAACUUCAAGAUGGAAAUCUCGUAACUCUAAGGAGCACAACCCUUCCAAAAGGUACCUUCAUGAAAAUACGACCCCACACCAUGAAGUUUUUAGCCAUCUCUGACCCCAAAUCUGCGCUUGAAGCAGCACUGAGAGACUUCUCUUGCCUAACCAUUGGAGACACCAUUAUGCUCACUCAUGAUAAAAAAAAGUAUGACAUAGAUAUAGUGGAAACAAAACCCUUAGGUGCAAUAUCUGUGAUUGAGACAGACUUAGAAGUAGACUUUGCAACCCCUUUGGAUUAUAAAGAACCUGCAAAGAAACCCAAAUCUAUGGUUAAUCCAAAAAGGGAACCCGAAAAGGCUGCAGAAGACAUGGGAAAAGAAGAGCCUAAGUUCAGACCAUUCACAGGUGUUGUGAGACGUUUGGAUGGCCAACCUUUGAUAGCACCAGUUGAGUCGGAUUCUGUUUCCACUUCAAUGGUGAAAGAUGGGCUUGUUGCUGCUGACUCAAUUACGUCAAGGAAAAGGAAAUACCCUGGAAAGCUUGUCUUUGGUCCCAAGGAUGCGAGUCAGUCUCAGGAGAAAUCAGCAAGGGUCUCAAAAGAGGAUCACGAAGAGAGAACUUCCAAGAAUGAUAAGCAAAAGUUUCAACCAUUCACAGGGAUGAAGCAUACAUUGGCAGGAUGA